CGGCCACAGCCUUGUCAAGCCCGCUUCGCCGGCCUCGCAGGCGGACUUGACCACCGCCCUGGCCGGGUGCCUGGCCCAGCUGGACGCACUGCUCCAAACGCUACCCGCUGCUGGGCUCUGUGAGCGGCUGCCCGAGGACAACAGUUUGCGGAUAGGCCUGCGCAUGUCUGCCGGCGAGGUGGAAGAGGCGCCGCAGGUGCUAGAGAUAGGGAAGAGUCUCACGGGCGCAUCAAGCAAGACCAAGGAGAGCAAGCUCGACGCGAUCGAGACUGCCUUCGGCUCCAUGCGUCUCUCAGUCGAGUAUCGUGCGGAGACCGAGUUCGAGGUCGAGGAGCCGAAGAAUGCGCAAGAGGAAGUGGGCGUGCUGGACAUCGACGAAGACUACUUUCGGCCGGCAGCUAAGCGGCCGAGCGCAGCCGCAGCGACUGCGCCGGCUGCCACAGAGGCGGCUGCACCUCGUUCGCUGCUAUCCACGACGGCGAACAAGCGCGUCAGCGCUCUGACGGCCGGCCGCGCGCAGCUGUCUGGCUCGCCGCCGAUGUCGGGCACAGGGGCCAGCACAGCUGUCUCGUCCGCCGGCUCGUCGCCGCAGGGCUCUCCCGCGCUGACUGAGGGUCUCCUGCUGCGCAAUCCUGCGCCGACGACCAGCGUCUUUCCGGCCUCGGCCUCGUCGAAGCCACUGGCUGGGCUAUCGAGCUUGCGCAGUGGCGUCAGCGGCCCGCCAUCAGUCAGCGUCGCGCUCGGCACCGGCAUCGGCAGCGGUACCAGCCCUCUGAGCACGCGUGGCAGCCUGGCCAGUCCGGCCACCCAGAUCGAAGGUGCGGCAUUUUUGACGCACGGCAGGCGGGCCAGCACGACGAUCGGCGGCGAGCGGAGGUUGCGCACCCUCAGCAGCUACAGCUCAGAGAGGGUGAGAUCGCCAAGCUGCAUGCGUCAGGCCUGCUUUUGCUGACGCGAAUGGAGCACAGAGCAGUCCGCCUUCGCCGACGGUCGCUGCCGCGUCUGCGUCCGGCGCUCUGCGGCCCGCGUACGCAUCGCGCGUGCCCGGGGCGUCAGGUAUUGCAGCACUCCGCUCGGGCUCAUACUCGCCCUCGUCUCCCUCUCCGCUGGCGCAGCAGCUCUCUGCUUCACAGCAGCCAUCGGCGCUCUCCUCCUCGCCCGCGUUCCGC